UACCUGCAACAAUCCAUUCACAUUGGUUAAAAUCAAGACAUGGUUGAAUGGCGCAGAAGGGGAAGAAAUAGGGGGACUUAGUGCAGCAUUUGGUACACUUUUACCUACGGAGGAAAAAAAGGGUGUCAAAUUGCGUGCUUCUUACACAAACCCUUUGAAUUGCUGUUCCAGUAUCUCUCCGAAAUUAUCGGGUGCUAUGGCAUUAGCAAUGCGUGGUGAAUGUGAUUUUUUAACAAAGGCUAAAGUUGCGCAAGGAGGAGGUGCUGAAGGCAUUGUGAUAAUAAAUGAGGAUGAAGCUCUAGUGGAGAUGGGUUGUUCUGGAAAUGAGGAUGUCCAAAUAAAAAUACCAGUGGUGAUGAUAUCUAAAUCUGGAGGAGACAUAAUUCGAAAAUACAUGGAUGCUGGAAACAAAGUGCACCUGCUUUUGUAUGCGCCAGAUCGCCCCAUUUUGGAUUACUCAGUGAUAUUCUUAUGGUUGAUGGCUGUUGGAACUGUUUUUUGUGCAUCUAUUUGGUCAAAAUUUACUGCAUCCAAGGCGAUUGAUGACUACCAACUAUCUUCCAAGGAAUCUGCAGGAGCAGCAAAAGAUGAAGGUGAUGAAAUACUCAAUAUUAAUGCAAAAAGUGCCAUAGUCUUUGUCAUUUCAGCCUCCACUUUUUUGGUGCUACUAUAUCUCUUCAUGUCUUCUUGGUUUGUGUGGGUGCUGAUAAUACUUUUCUGCAUCGGAGGAGUUGAGGGUAUGCACAAUUGUAUAGUAACACUUAUAUCAAGUAAAUGUAAAACUUGUGCAAGGAAGACGGUAAAUUUGCCACUUCUGGGGGAAACAUCCAUUUUAUCUCUUGCGGUGUUGUUACUUUGCUUGGCUUUUGCCAUAUUUUGGGCUGCAAACAGGAAAGAAUCAUACUCUUGGAUUGGCCAAGAUAUUCUUGGCAUAUGUCUAAUGAUAACCGUCCUGCAGAUGGCUCAGUUACCCAAUAUAAAGGUUGCUACGGUACUACUGUGUUCUGCAUUCAUGUACGACAUUUUUUGGGUGUUCCUAUCACCUCUAAUAUUCCACGACAGCGUUAUGAUUGCGGUUGCUAAAGGUGACAAAAGUGGGGGAGAAUCCAUCCCAAUGCUUCUAAGGGUACCUCGACUCUCAGAUCCUUGGGAUGGUUAUGAUAUGAUUGGGUUUGGAGACAUUCUGUUCCCUGGCUUGCUAGUUUCUUUUGCUUUUAGGUUUGACAAAGCUAACCAAAAGGGUCUACUGAAUGGAUACUUCCCUUGGCUAAUGGUUGGGUAUGGAGUCGGCCUUUGCUUUACUUACCUAGGGUUGUAUCUAAUGAAUGGGCAUGGUCAACCUGCCCUUCUCUACCUUGUACCCUGCACAUUGGGAACUUGUGUCGUGCUGGGUAUGAUUAGAGGUGAAAUGAGAAAACUUUGGACCUAUGGCACUCAAUCCACUGAGAUGCCUGGAAGUGCCUGAUAUACUGUGUACUGUGUAUACCAAAAGAAACAACUGAGUAGCUUUUGAAGGUUAAAGACCUCGGUAUUUCCAACUAUCUACUUGCUAUUUUCGUUUAGUGUUCUCUUAUGUUUUUAACUCCUCUUACUGUAUAUAUUAGUAGUUGUGUACCAUAAACGGAAUAUUUACUUUACAUAUUAUGCUGUAAUAUAUGUCUUAUGUAGCACGUUGUAACACCCCUUCACAUUUUGUUGGUUGUGUAAUGAAUUGCUUUACUUUUCCAGAUUAAAUUGGACUUUCUAAUCUACGUCCCCUCUCUAGAUAGAUGUUCUAAGAUGCGCUUAGUGGAGUGUUAAAAACCUUCAGAAUUCCAGAACAAUUUACAGAAAAUUAUCAAGAAAAACAACUGAAAUUCUUUAUUGAAGAAGAUGAACAGUAAUCGUACAAAGGCCGAAGCCCCCAAAGCCGAAGCCCCAAAAGAUCGAGAUGUUCAGUCUCGUAUCCUUCCCAGUCCCAAGACCAAAUGUCUAAAAGCCUCCUUAUGCCUUCCUCCCCUUUUCUAUUUAUAGUAUAAGCCCAUCUUAUUAUUCUCUAUAAUAAUAGGCCCAAAAUAACAGGCCCAUUAAACAGUAGCUAUUCUUCUAGUAUUCAUAUUAGAAUUACUAUCUAUUAUUACUCAAAUAGGUAGGUCCCUAUCAAUACUCCCUCCAUAAACAUCCACCUUGCCCUCAAGGUGGGCGGUAGGAGGCAGCCAAGAUCUUCCGUUUCUUCUUCUUCCUUGCUCCUCUUCCUUCCCAAUAGCUAACCGGUUGAUGGACUGAGGACUUCUGUACUAUAUCUUUUAAAAUC